AUGAAACAAUCCUCAGACCACCCAACUACCCCUGCCCCAAGUGCGCCGUUGGCGGUGACUCCACGUCUCCCACUGGAACUGGUAUAUGAGAUUCAGGAUCGCCUUUUCGAAUAUGUGACAGCCCUACAUGGGCAGUACUGCUGCCCCUUCGGAUCAGCGGUAAACUCGAGCACCAUUCAACCCUUUUCUUCUCCGCUGCACGACCACGAGGGCACAGGGAAUCGGCCUCUGACGAAACAAGACGUCUACAAUUUCUCCUUGGUGGCGCGCACAUUCCGAAGUCGUUCCAUCUCCCACAUCUUCCAUAAGCUCAUAAUAAGAGAUCCAUCCGAUCUCGUGGAGGUGCACCAAUUCAUGGGUUCAUUGGUUUGCACUCCUAUCCCUCCAGUGAAUUUUCCGGUUUCGGUCAUCAAGUCAAUCACCAUCGACUUCGAUAUUGUUAUCGACGGAAACCCGUACCAGGAGGAAUCACCCGUAUCCUCGACCCUGAUCCAGAUUUACGCAUCCUCCAUCACUGAAUGUUUUGUAAAAUGGACAUCGACCGAUGCCUCGCAACAAGACAUCGACUCGGACGAUCGCUCCUACUGCGUCGACUGGUCCACUAUCCCAUUCACCUUCCAAAGUCUCGUCGAAUCCGCCGUAGCAAAAAAAGGAUCUUUGGUUUCCCUCUCCCUACACCGCAUCAACUUUCCCCAUGGUACACUGAACCGGGUGUGGUCUCCCCGACUCAAGUAUCUGGACCUCAGACCAGAAUGGCCCGAUGAUAGUGUAUGGUCGGCGGUCUGGGCCGCUGUCCCGGACAGGUGGAACGACGCGCUUUGGGCUCGUGAGCUUGGGUUGAGCGCCGCAGGCCCAGUGCCACUGCCAGCGACCCGCCGGGAUCCUGUGGACGUACUGUCACGUACCAUUCGCUUCGACACCAGGGUGCUCAAGUGCGAUGUCAGCUCUUGGGUGCUCGGUCACCUCGAAGGCUGGAGCGCGCUCCAGUUCCCCAACGCCCUCCGGCGCUCGUUCCAGCAUCUGCACACCUUUGACCUCGUUGAACUUGAUCAUGAUGCGAGGACUCGGAUGCCGAGUUUAGACGGCGAGCUGGCAGACCGAUUUCGCCGGUGGUUGGUCCAACUGGAUGCGCCUCAAUUGACCACCAUCCGCCUCUUGUGCCAUGGGCGAUGUGUAUGGCUCUGGGUUGUCGCUUCUUGCUUCAGGCAUAUCGAACUUGUGCAGCGACUUGCGAUGGACGAGGCGGAUCCGUUCACGUUGGGUCAGUUUAUGAGGGAGGGACCUGUCAAGGCAAGCGUGUAUGGGUUGAAUAUGGGAAACGUCGAAUGGGUUACUGUCACCUUUGUUAAUGAAGGACGCCGUGAAGAUGGGUUCGUUGGUGCCACCGCGGUCACGGUGGAUAACUUUCUUUCAGCCGCUGAAAUGGUUGUCGACUGGGAGGCUCUUUCGAGUGUCUUGCAUGACCGCGUAGCGUUCCCGAAUUGGCGCAGCCUGACCUUCGAUCUUAGCCAAGUAGAAGGACCAAGAGGAGGCGAGAUAUUGGAGCUGGAACGCGGAAUAGUUGGUCGGCUACAUCCAGAGCGCGACUUUUCUAUUCGAGUAAAGGGGAGAUGA